UCACGGCUGUGUGGACGUCGGAAGCUGGGAGCUGGAGGUUGACGGUGUUUUGUAUCGCUGAGGCUCGCUGAGGAAUCAUGUCCGCUCUUCAGCAUCUGAGGCUGUUCGUGAAGGAGCGUCUGAGCGCCGCAGCGGAGGAAAUCUUCAGGGAGUUUGAGAAAACCGUCCUGCAGUACGAGGAGCAGCUCCACCAACAGCACAGGGCCCUGAGCUGGACUGCAGACUCUGCAGACCUUCCACAGCAAGAUGACUGCAAAGAGGAGGAGAAGGUUUCCAUCGCCCAGGAGCUCUGUAAGCAGAAAGAGGCCUCUGCUGUGGACCAGGAGAAACCAGAACCGGUACAGAUUAAAGAGGAACAGGAGGAGUUCUACACCAGUCAGGAGGGAGAGCAGCUUAUCCUGAAGGAGGAGAGCGAGACAAUUAUGGUGACUCUUACUUAUGAUGAAAGUGACCUCAGUGAACCUCAGCACAAGUACGUGGACUCUGGAUCUACGACAAAUGCAGAGCCACAGCCAGCGGAGCUACAUCAGCGUACCAGAAGCACCACGAAAGCUGUCACAUCACAGAGUCAGCGUAAACCUGACGUGGGGAAAAAGUCUGUAAAAUGUGAUGUUUGUGGAAAAGCCUUCAAGUAUAAUUUCCAAAUGAAGAAACAUUACAGAAUCCACACAGGCGAGAAGCCGUACGCCUGCAGCACUUGUGGAAAAAGAUUCUAUCAGAUUUAUUUCAUGAAAUAUCAUGAAAGAAAUCAUACAGGUGAGAAGUCACACCUGUGCAUCACCUGUGGGAAAAGAUUCACUGACCUAUCGGCACUUAAAAGGCAUACAUCCAUCCACACAGGCGAGAAGCCUUAUUCCUGCGAAACGUGCGGGAAAUGUUUCAGGCACAGUGCGACUCUGUUGGUUCACAUGAGAACCCACACAGGUGAGAAGCCGUACGCUUGCAACACCUGUGGGAAAAGAUUCACCAACUUAUCCGCAUUUAAAAAACACGCUGCAAUCCACACAGGUGAGAAACCGUAUUCCUGUAAAAUCUGUGGGAAAAGUUUCACUCAGAGCGGGAAUCUGACGGUUCACAUGAGAACGCACACAGGUGAAAAAUGGUACUCCUGUGAAACGUGUGGCAAAAGUUUCAGUCGAAGUAGCAAUUUAACUGUUCACAUGAGAACGCACACAGGUGAGAAGCCUUACCACUGCAACACCUGUGGGGAACGAUUUAAAUACGCCGCAACGCUAAAGAACCACAUGGGAACGCACGCAGCGGAGACGUCGCACGCUUGCAAAAAAUGUGGGAAAGGCACCAAGGGGGAGUGAUAACAAUCUGGUCGCUACGGGAACCCAUACAGGUGAGAUGUCAGGGUCCUGAAACACCUGUCGGGAAAAAAAUAUUAUGAAUAUGCUUGUGGUAAUUUAAAGUCACAAAAACUGCUGUGACUUUAUGUUCACAACAUCUGUGUUGUGCUGAAGAGAUAUCAACUAGAGCACAAUAAGGCUGGGCUGUGCUUUCAUGCAAUACCACUUUGUACCACAAGAUGGUGCAACAAGUCAGCGUAACCUUUAUUUAAGCAGGUAGUAGUCACUCCUUAUAAAUACUUUAUUAUUUCAGUCAUGGCAUCAGUUCCAUCUAUUUUACUGCAGAAUGUCAAAGACUAGCUCAGUUUCUAUAUUUUUGACUUUCAGGAAGUUGAAUUAACAACUUUAAAAUGCCAGAGCAUGUUUUUAACAUUUUAACACCAGAUAAUUCAUCUGAUUAUGCCAGAAAGAUGUAAAAUAUAAAGUAUUUCAAUAUCCUCAUAGAAGAGAAAACACAAAGACAAAACACUUGGAAUAAGUUGUUCUUAUGUUCUGCUAUCAUGUGUGCGGCACAGGGAUGCAGAAUCAGUCCUAAACAUGCUUGUUAUGUUGUGGUUAGCUGUGAUGUCAUAUUUUCAUGCUGCUGUUCUGAAUCAGUCAACAUCUGGCUCAUUUGUGUUAAUGAAGUGCAGCUGUGAGACAAACUCCUCUCAGACUUCUACUUUCGAACUCUGUGGUACAAUGUUUUGUGUCUCCAGGUAAAAACACACGUUAGCCUUGAAUAAUCAAUGCCAUCGUGUGUGGGCGGAGCUUCAGAUGGCCCUCAGUGAAGGUCCAACAGCUGCUCUCUAGGUGCACAUCUGCACUUUCUUCAUUAUCCUCCUUCUGCGUUUGCUGCUCCUGAAGGCAGCACGUUAUGCCGCAUGUGAUGUGACUUUUUCACAUUUGCGGUGUUGAAGUCAGCCCGUUGUGGCUUAUUGAUUGUAUCCUUGCAUCAUGCCGGCUGAAUGGUUAAUAUCAGCCCCUCCUCAGCACACUGUUCAGUGUUUUAUAGUGGACAGUAAUAUCAGAGAUUAAAGCUGCUCGACAGUAUUUGAAACAUUCACAUCCAGUUAUGAAAUUAGACCUUGUGUAUGUCCCAGUACCAAUAUAAAUAGUUAAUAACAUUUAUAAUUUUGCUGUUUUUACCCCCAUGAAGGCCUUUUGUUACACUCAGCUCUUCUGUGCUGUGCCAUCCAAUUUAGAGGAGCCAGCCUUUGAGACGAGAAGAGAUGAGACUGUUUAUGAUGGUUUGAACCCAAAACUUUCUCUCUGUGAGGUGACCAGGCUAACCACUGUACCACUGUGCUGUGACCAGGCUAUCUAAUCUGUUUAUCUGACUAAUGCAGCUACACUUUGUACUCAGUCGGUCAGUAUUUGGAUUUCAAGCAGAAGCCUUUCCCACACAGACUUCUCUGCAGUGACUGAGCAGUUAAUGACAGACUUGUGAUGUUCUGGCUGUUCCCCAGCGGUUUGCACUGCAGCAUCUCAUCUCACAGCUCCACACAUACUUUACCGGUCUGACACCUGGGACUUAGAAACACGCCUGCUGUUGAUCAGCAAACAGCAGUCUGCUAGUAAACAUACAUCCUAUCAGGUGCGUAGUUUAAGACCAAAAAUAGCCACAUAAACACUUCAGUUCUUUAAAAUUUAAUGACUUUGGGAUCUUAAAAAAUCAGGACCAUCCUGUUAGUAUGGUGGGUUAGCCAACACUAAACCCCGGGCCGAGUUUCAGCAGGGUCGGAUAAUCUUCUGGAAUAACUUGUGAGUAAUUCUGUCAGGUCAGAGGAGCGUCUCUUUAGUUACAUUUUCAAAAAAAAUCCCUUUCAUCAAAUAUUUCUGAGUGUGCAGGAUUCACAGCCUUCAGUGCCUUCAGACUUAACAGUGAUGAUGUUUAAGAGUUUGUUGUGUCACACUGUGUGAGACGGGUUGAAUGAAGUGUAAAUCUGUGUCAGGCAGAACAAAGUGUGAAUUUUAAGGUGUCAAAUAGUGAACUUUAUCCUUAACGACUGUUUACAGAAUCACAAACAAAUGAAGACGUCUGCUAAUUAUGAGGUUUAACUUCUGUGCUUGAGUUUUGCUUGGGUUAAUCUGACAAAUAACCUUUAACAUCAAUGUAAUCCUUUUUUUUCCUCAGAAGUAUUUUGAAAAAUGUCAUUCAUUUGAAGUUCUAUGUAAUCCUGUCCAUCUUGUAAAAAUCCAUUAUGCAUUGUGGUGAUUUAUUUUAUCUACGUUUAAAAUAAAGGUUUAUUGUACAGUAACAUCAUAUCUGAGCCGACUAACGAGCUGUGUUUCAGGUGUUUCUUUGUUUUUCCAAAGCAUCAUAAACAACUAAAUUCAUAUAUUGUAUCAUAUUUGAUAUAACAGCAAUCUUUUAUAUUUAAAAAAUAAACAUGUCGAAACUUUGA